AGGACAGAAUCUUGUCUCCGCCCCUGCAGAGUCCAAACUCCGUUUUAGUUCUGUUUGUUUGAAAAUAUUCUCUGCGCUUUAUGAAAGGUGGCUAUUAUGGGAAGAUAUGCAUAACAAUAAAUAAAUAAAUAAAUAAAAUAAAAUAAAAAAUAAAAUAAAAUAAAAUAAAUGAGGGAGAGAAGCAGCUGGGAGUCAGUGGAGCAGCAGGAAAGAAGUGCUGGGUUUACCUGGGAGUGAGCUGAGAUUCCACUGCAGGACAGGUUUACACACGUUCCUGCCCUUUUCACACAUAUUUCAGUUUUCAAUCCGGAUUUUACUGUUUCUCCCUGCUGGACUGUGGGCUUUGGUUUGUGAGGAUGGUCUCAGAGGUGGACAUCUCAAAGGAAGUUCUUGAGAGUGUACAGGAUGCAGUGGGCCAGCAGCUCAAACUCAGCCUGAGAAAGAAGGUGCAGCUGGAGUGCAAAGGUGACAAACAGGACACCCGAAUCCUGGCUCUUGCUCCACAUCGGGCAUUUCUGCUGUCAGCUCGAGUUCCUGCUAGGAUAGAACAAAGCUUCAAUUUCUUCGACAUCCAAACGGUGGGCAGCAGCAGGACAGGACAGUUGGUGGUGGACUAUGAUAAGGGACAGCUGUGGGUGAAGCUCAGAUCUAAUGAGGAGGUUGAUGAAGUCAUCGCUCAGAUAGGGAUCAGCAUACAGGAGCACUGCCCCGGACUCAACCCAAUGAGGGUGAUGAAGAAGUUAUCUCUGAAGCCUGCUGAGAGGAUAACCAGUCUACAGGCACUCUGGGAAAAUAAUCCUCCCACUGAUACUGGGCCUUGUGGUGCUUUUUCUCGUAUGUACUGGUGUGUGUGUGAUCAGAUGGGGCUGCCUUACAGAGCAGAGGUUCAGUGGGAUGUGGACACUAUCUACCUCACCCAAGACACAAAAGAACUCAACCUACAAGACUUUAUCCACCUGGAGACCAGGGACCUGAUGGCUAUUGUGGCAGUGCUGGAGUACAACCAGUGGUUCACUAAACUCUCGCUCAAGGAUUAUAAACUGUCUACAGAUUUAUGUGAUCAGAUCUUGAGAGUUGUGGCUCGUUCUAGCAGAUUGGAGGAGUUGGCUCUGGAAAACACAGGACUCAAAGCUGAUUUUGCACAGAAGUUGGCCAACGCUCUGAGCCAGAACCCACACUCAGCUCUACACACAAUCAACCUGGCCAACAACUCGGUGGAGGACAAAGGUAUUUUGUCUCUGAGUUCUCCACUGGGAAAACUUCCAUCUGGACUGAAACAUCUGAACCUCUCAAAAAACUCCCUCUCAGCUAAAGGUGUGAAUAUUCUGGCUCAGUCUCUGUGUUCCAACUCAUCCAUCUUUAACACACUCACACACCUUGACCUGUCUGGAAACACACUGAGGGGAGACGACGUGCCUAACCUGUGGAACUUCCUGAGUCAGCCGAACAGCCUGCACACUCUGGACCUGUCCAACUGUGACUGUGCUCUGGACCUGGUCUGCUCUUCUUUACUCCGAGGCUCUCUGAAGCAUCUUUCUGUCCUCAACAUGUCCAAGAGUGUCUUGAAUACUAAGAAGGGAAAGGAGUUGCCCUCCUCCUUUAAGCAGUUCUUCAGCACCGCCCUGGCCCUCAACACCAUCAUCCUGUCUGGCACCAAACUGCCUCCAGAGGCCCUCAAAGCCCUGUUGCUGGGUCUGGCCAGUAAUCCCAACCUAAAAGAUGUCUCUUUGGAUCUGAGCAGUUGUGAGCUGCGUUCAGCUGGAUCUCAAAUUCUGGAGGGCUGUAUAGCUGAGAUCCCCAAUGUCUCUAGCCUGGAUAUUGCAGACAACGGUUUGGACUCUGACCUGACAACUAUGCUGGUGUGGCUGGCUAAGAAUCGUUGUAUCAGACACCUGUCUCUGGGCAAGAACUUCAACAACAUCAAAUCCAAGAAUCUUGGGCAGGUGAUGAAGAAUUUGGUUCUUAUGAUCCAGGAGGAGGAAUCUCCACUCAGCUCUCUGUCCCUGGCCGAUUCCAAGCUGAAGGCUGAAUUGUCCAUCGUGCUGAAUGCUGUAGGGGGAAACAGCUCCUUGACUCGCCUAGACAUCAGUGGCAAUGGGAUGGGAGACAUGGGGGCUAAAAUGCUGGCCAAAGCCCUUCAGAUCAACACCAAACUCAGGACUGUGAUUUGGGACAGGAAUAACGUCAGUGCUCAGGGUCUGCAGGACGUGGCAGCUGCUUUGGAGAAGAACUACACUAUCCGCUUUAUGCCAGUGCCCAUCAUGGACGCUGCACAAGCUCUCAAGUCCAGCCCUGAGAAAACCGAAGAUGCCCUCAUGAAGAUGGAGCAGUAUCUCUUGAGGAACCAUGAAACGAGGAAAUACCUACAAGAGCAAGCCUACAGGCUACAGCAAGGCAUUGUCACAUCCACCACACAACAGAUGAUUGACAGGCUAUGCGUGAAGGUGCAGGAUCACCUAAACUCUCUUCGCUUCAGUGAGAGAGACAGGAUUCAGGAGGACAUGAGAGCAGCGGAGAGACUUGUCCAGGACGCCCGCAACUCGAAAACACUGCUGGCCAGUAUGUAUCAGCUGUGCGCUGCACGGUGUAGAGGUGAAGACAGAGCUGGAGACGGAGGUGGAGUAUGUGAGGCGGUUGAGAGCCCGUGGGUGGCCUCGAUCCAGGACAAACUUCAAUCAAUGACGGGAGAAAUCAGCACUGUUGUAAACCAGCAGCUGCAGAGUUUGUUGGUGGCCAUGGUGGACACGGCAGAGAGAGUGUGUCCUCACGUGAUGCGCACAGCGAACCUGAGGCCAACUCUGAUGCAGGUGAGUGAGGGGAAGAUGAGUGUGCCUCAAACCUUCAUCACCAACACUCUGCUGAAGCAGUCUGCCAUUGACAUCAUCAAUAAGAUCAGUGAAGUAAAGCUCAGCAUGGCUUCGUUCCUCUCUGACCGCAUCAUUGAUGAGAUCUUAGAGUCUCUGUCUCGCUCUCAGCACACACUGGCGGAGCAUCUGAGUGGGCGUAGCCAGCCACUGAUCGAUCAUGAUUCAGAGGAGACUGAGGUUCUGGAGGAGAGGCAUCUGGAGACAGAGAACCUGCUGCCACCACCUUCAUCUGAGCUGCUGGUAUCUCCAACCUCCAAGAGGCAGAGCAUCCUGUUCCGGAUGGUGCGUCCCAUCUCCGUGGCCUUUGAGCUAGAGUUUGAUUUGGAUAAAGCACUGGAGCAUGUGCCCAUUCACAUGGAAGACCCGCCCCUUCUUCCACCUCCUGAACCUGUGGAGGCAGAGAUAGAGAGUCCCGAGAGUGUGUGUUUCAUUGAUCUACCAGAAACCGAUAGCCCCAAACUGCAGCACAUGACCAAACUCCGCCCACGCAAGAUGAGGCGCAACACCAAACCAAGAAAAGCAGCUAGCACUCUUGCAGCAGACAUGGUGCAGAUGGAGUUUGUUGGGAAAGUGGAUGAGGGCCUGGACGAUUUCUUUGCUAAAAAAAUCACAAAGAUUGGCAUCAAGCGUUCCUCUGUAAAAGACGGUGGUCCGGAAGGGGAGAAGAAGCGGGAAUCUUGCAUGAGUGGCUUCUUCAACCUCAUUAAAUCACGCACCUCCUUGAAAUCUCCACCCACCAGCCCACACACACCAACUCCUGUACCAACAAAUGCCACCAUGCCAUCUACCACUGAAUCUAAUAACGUCGAAUUCAUAAAACCUGUGAUGAAAAUCCCCAUCCCAGAACACACUCAAGAACCAAUCAAGACUCAGGUACUGGAGAAAGUUGAAUCAUGUGAAGCUGUUGAUGCAUCCAUGACCUCUGUGAGUAGAAGUAAUACAGAGGAGGGCAAGAAGCGGGAGGGGCCGCACGGGGGGCGAAUCCUAGGGGUUCAGGUGAUGGGGAACGAGUUCCUGGCACAGCUGCGGGCAAAACAGAAGAUGAAAGAGAAAGCAAGUGAAUUGUCAUCUGCGAACAAAGCCGAAUCCAAACACGCUGAUGACGACAGUGCACCUGGAGAGAAGGCAGCACAGAAAGAGCACCACCCAGAGGUUGUGUCGAAAUCUCCUUCUUCUCCCAGUGUCCUGAAACCGACUUCUCCUGCUUCAGUGCACCCACCUGAAGCGAAACACACCCUUUCAGCUACACACACCGGCCUCAAAGCCUCACUCAGCUCACCAUCCAGCAACCAUGAAUCCACCCCGAGCAGCCCCCCAGAGCACCACCCGAGCCAGGAGCACAUUCCUCGCAGCCCCCUGAGCAGCUCCAGCACAUCGGACAAUGAUGUCUCUGGACACCUCGGUGCUGUCUGCGAUACCAAACAAUCUGCAACGGCUCAACACCAGACGGAAGAGUCCUCUAAAAUGGAGAAAGAUGAGCAUAUAUGUGUCUCUCCUGGCUCACCUAAUAUAGUAGCAGCAGAGGGCAGUGUGUUUGAGCCAGAAUCGUCCACACAGCCAUCACACACUGCGGCAGCAGGACAACGCUGCACCCCCCUUCACUCCUCCAGUUCCACCAGUGCUGCUGAAGAGAAAGAUGAUCAGCAGCACACCGUGUCCCUGCCUGCACAAGUUGACCUUCUGACUCCUACAGACUCUACUUCCUCCCUUGAAAUUCUGGAUUCCAGCAGUACUGACAUGCAGCUCCAGUCUUCCAUUACAUUUCAACACAAAGACCCAACACAAGAGGAACUCUCAACCAGCGAGGACGAGAGUGUCGAAUAAAAGCUAAACCAAACAGGGUCAAGUUUCCCAAAAGCACCACAGCACAAAGAUCACCAUUUAAUGGUAGAGCAAGCAUCACAUUGAGUACUUUCUCUCCCAGUUAUGAUGAUCUGAAUUUUGCAAUGCUUUUGGGAAACUCAGCCCAGAACAUUUGUGGACAGUAAACAUAAAAUUUCCCCAGUUUAGGAUAAACACCAUACAAUCAUGCAGUCAAACUGGUGGCACCAUAAUCAACAAUGGACGAUAGUACAUCACAACAAAACAGGGUGACUGAGUAAAAUAAACACCAUACUGAAGAAGACAGCAAAGAAAAAUAAAUGCUAAGCCAACCAGGAUAGCAGUUGAGAUUAAACACCAAACCAAGCAAGGUGAUGCUGGACAACUGGGUAACAGCUUACGUUAAAUACAAAACUUGACAGGGGAAUAGUUUAGACCGAAUACCAAUGACGGUGUAGAAUAAAAAACAAAUAAAAAAGGACAACAAUGUAGAUUAAAGACCAAAAACAAAUCAGGAGAGAACUGUAGAAUAAAACACCCGUAUAAUCAGGACAAGAAAGAGCACCAAACAAACUAGGACAGGAUUAUAGAACAAACACCAAACCAAAGAUACAGUGUAUAACAAACACCAAAGUAUCUAUAAGGACAGUGUAGAAUAAACAGCAAACAAACCAGGAUAAAAAUGUAAAAUUAACACCAAACCAAAGAGGACAACAAAGUAGAAUAAACACCAAGGUAACUAGGAUGACAGCGUUGACUAAAUAACAGUCCAACCAACAGCAAUAUCAAAUAAAAAUCAAACAAAUUAGCAUUACUCUUUAACCUUUACACCAGACCAAACAGAAUGAAGUGUAAAAUACAGUAAACCCAAAAAGGCAUCAGUGUACACUAAACCACCCAUGAAAUAACUGUAGAAUAAACACCAAACCAACAGGAUCACAGUGUACAAUAAAAUAAGCAACCAAGACAACAGUUUAGAAUAAACACCAAAAAACUAGGACCAUACAAACACCAAAGAAAUUAAGACUACACUUUAGUAUUAACACCAAACCAAUCAAGACUCAUCUCAUCUCAUUAUCUCUAGCCGCUUUAUCCUGUUCUACAGGGUCACAGGCAAGCUGGAGCCUAUCCCAGCUGACUACGGGCGAAAGGCGGGGUACACCCUGGACAAGUCGCCAGGUCAUCGCAGGGCUGACACAUAGACACAGACAACCAUUCACACUCACAUUCACACCUACGGUCAAUUUAGAGCCACCAGUUAACCUCACCUGCAUGUCUUUGGACUGUGGGGGAAACCGGAGCACCCGGAGGAAACCCACGCGGACACGGGGAGAACAUGCAAACUCCGCACAGAAAGGCCCUCGCCGGCCACGGGGCUCGAACCCGGACCUUCUUGCUGUGAGGCGACAGCGCUAACCACUACACCACCGUGCCGCCCCAACCAGGAUAUAACUAGAAUAAACACCGAAACAAAAAGGGCAAUAGCAUACACAAAACCAAAUAAAGCAUAACUGUAGAAUAAACACCAAAACAAAAAGGACAUUAGUGUACACUAGGGGUUUUCAAAGUGUGGGAGAGUCAGCCCCCCCUCGGAGAGCAAAUAAACAACAGCGCGCCCCCCCCACAAUUUUUGUUGUUGCUAUACUUAAUGUUCCAUUCGUAUUUUUAAAAAAUGGUUGUUGUACACAUUUUUAUUUUUUUAUUUUUCACAUUUUAAACAUCUGUGCUUUUUAAAACAUCUUGUUUUACACAUUUUAAACAUCUCAUAGCAUCGUUAGCUAGCACCUCUUGGCAGACAACACACUGUGGCAGUGGAGCAUCUUCAGAUCCAGUCCAUGAAAAUCCAAACUUUAAAUAAUCGUGGUCAUACUUCCUUCUUUUUCCAGUCCCCCAGGAUUCCGCGGGCCUUUUUUGUGAUUGUUGCGGGCUAAAAUGUCUGAUGUUGCGGGGGGUUUUCCAAAAAAAUUGCGAUGAAAGUUGCGGUGUUUUUUAGGUUUUUGUUGCGAUUACAUUGCGGGAGGAAGUGAAAGUUGUGAGAAAUUGUUGCGAUUUUCUCUUUUUGUGAUUAAAAUUGAGUGAUAUGUUAAAUAUUAAGUUAUUACUGAAAAACUAUUGAUUAAAAAACAAAGACACUGAGAAAUGGUCCUAUAAACAACUUUACCAAUAUAAAAGAUUACCAGGACUACAAAAAUGCAGAAAAAUAGGCUUUACUUAUCCAAAUGCACCUGUUGGUUCAAAAGUUAAAGUGCAGAGAACCUCACAGCACAACAUGAAGUUACCUUAAAAUAUAAUAUAAAUGCCUCAGCUUUCAUGUAAGAAAAAAACUAUUAAUACUAGUACUGUGUGCAGGCAGUCUCUCCUGAAGACUAAAUUAAACAAUAAUUAUAAACUAAUAAAAUAAAUGGCUCAGGCUUCAUAGAAGAAAAAAAACAAUUUGAACAGAACCUCACAGUAUGAUGCUGAAGCUGCCUAAACAAUGGAAAAUAAAAUACCAUUUUGGCAAAAAUGUUGGCAUCCAUUACUUUCUUGUAUUAAGUAAAAAAAAUAAAGUGCACACAGUGCUUCACUGUAAACAUACACUUUCAGUAAAAGAAUUUAAGCCUAUAUAAACACUGACUCACACAUGCAGUGUUGCCAGAUACUGCUGACGUUUUCCAGUCCAAAAUAUGUUCAAAACCCGCCAAAAUGCACUUAAAACCAAUCUGGCAACACUGCGCGCAUGCUGCUUCUCUUGAACGUAAACACGGAAGUAAGGCGGAAGGUAGUUUGUCGACGUCACCUCAAGACGACGCCAACGAUUGGUCAAAUUUGCGGGAAAGUUGCGGUGAUUGGAUAUAAUUGCAACACCGCCCUGAAUUCGCGGGGAUUGGUUGAAUUUGCGCUGAAGUUGCAAAUCGCAACAUCCUGGAGGCUGUUUUUUUUUGCUUGUCCCAAACUCUGUCUCCUCACUCACUGUAGCUUUAGGUACUAAAAAUCGAUCCAUUUUGUCUCUGGUAAAGGCUCCUCAUGUUGCGCCCCCCCUGAAGAACUCUGGCGCCCCCCAGGGGGGGCGCGCCCCACACUUUGAAAAGCCCUGGUGUACAUCAAACCGCAUAGAACAUAACUGUAGAACUACAGUAGAAAAGCACUCGGAGAGCGCAGACCUCCGCCAAGAAUCCUUUAAAAAAAUCCUGGAUCCAGAAGGUGAUCCGGAUCACCGCCAAAAUUUAAUGGAUUGUUACUUGUGCCCAGUCACACCUCUGGAAAAAUUUCAGAGCAAUCUGUUCAUUACUUUUUCCAUAAUGUUGCUAACAGACAAACCAACAAACAAACCAACGCUACCGAAAACAUAACCUCCUUGGCGGAGGUAAUAAACACCAAAACAAAAAGGACAGUAGUCUACACCAAGCCAACAAGAAGAGAAAUGUAGAAUAAACACCAAAGCAAGAAAGACAAUCAUGUAAACCAAACCCAAAAGAAGAGAAAUGCAGACAAAACACAAAACUAACCAGGACUACAAUGUGAUAUAAACACCAAGCUAUCCAGACCUUUCCUCAAAUGAAAAAACAAAAACAAACCUUGACCAUUAUUUCAAAGUGACUAAAGAUAGAAAGCCGUGGUUGCAGGCUCGCUGUCACUGAUCUGCUAAUAAUCAGGAUUAGACGAGCUCCGCAGCCUGCUGUAAUUAUGAGUCGUCCUCCAGCAACAACACAGAUGUGCAAACUUUUCGGAUAAGCUGAAAUCUCCUUAUGCGGAACGACCAGAGCUUUUUAUAACUGUCACAUGAGUGACUGCAACAGACAUUAUUAUAGUCAUUGUUUAUUUUUCUUUCACUUUUUUUCAUUGUCGUUGUCUUCCUCACACAAUCUGUUCUGAAAGAGAUGGAGUGAUUUAUUCAGGAACAUUAGCAUUUCAUUUAGACCCUACAUCAACAGCUUGCUGCUUGUCACAUGGCUGGUCAUGUAGACGUCCAAAUUAGAGCCCAAUUUAUAGAAUAGCUUGUCACUGAUAGCGAUUAUACGUUUAAUAUAUAUUAUCUAAUAUGAUAAUAUACAUUCACCGGACACUUUAUUAGGAACCCCCGUCCACCUGCUGUUUUAUGCAGUUCUCUAAUCAGCCAAUCCCUUGACAGCAGCACAAUGAUGCAGAUACAAAUCAAGAGUUUCAGUUAAUGUUCACUUCAAACAACAGAAUGGGGAAAAACUGUGAUCUCAUUCAUCUCAUUAUCUCUAGCCGCUUUAUCCUGUUUUACAAGCUGGAGCCUAUCCCAGCUGACUACGGGCGAAAGGCGGGGUACACCCUGGACAAGUCGCUAGGUCAUCAAAUCAAAUCAAGUUUAUUUGUAUAGCGCUUUUAACAAUAAACAUUGUCGCAAAGCA